GACCGACAUCUCGAAACGAAUCAAAUUUUGUGUUGACAUCUACAUGCUCCGUGCCAUCCCACUAAGAACCGCCAGGAAUCUAUAUAAUUACAGUACCAUGUCCCGAGUAGCCGGUACCGAAUCUUUCAUCCUGAACCACACCAUGUUCAGGAUCAAGGACCCCAAGGCUUCCUUGAAGUUCUACACCGAGAUCUUGGGUAUGGAGUUGGUCAAAAAGGCCGAUGGGGGUGAUUUCACCAACUACUUCCUCGCCUUCCCCUCCCCCGAACUCGCCUCCCUCUCCGCCGAAGAGAAAGAAGCUCGAGCGACCUCCAUCCCGGGCGUCCUCGAACUGUGCCACAACUGGGGUACCGAGGAUCCUUCCCAAAACUUUGAAGGGUACACGAACGGGAACGAGGAGGGCAAGAAGGGGUUCGGACAUAUUGCCGUCUCGGUGGACGAUGUGCAGAAGAGUUGUGAUAGGUUUACCGAAUUGGGGGUCGAGUUCAAGAAGAGGCCCGAGGAGGGCAAGAUGAGGAACAUUGCCUUCAUCUACGACCCGGACCACUACUGGAUCGAGAUCGUCCCCAAGAGGCUCUGAACUGAGUCUAGCAUCAGCGGGUCAAGGAAGGUUGCAAAGUUAUAAUGUGAAUGGAUGCAGAGCAAUUUCCAAGUUAUUGGAACAUGGGUUGAGGUCGGAAGGGAUUGAGCAUGUGAAGGGCUGUAAGAAAAAGAAAUAACGUGAUGAUUCAUUGAGAAAAGAAGACAUGAAUACGCUCUUAACAAUCUUACAAGGCGUUCCAUUGAUAGAGUGACCAAUCCAAGCGAGGAUCUGUCGGUGAGGUCCGGCUUAUCGACCGUUCUCUAAAGCCG